AUGAACCGAACAUACACUAAUCAUAUUCUUACCCUCUCCAGCUCGGCCACCAACCGCCUGAUCACUGCCAAGGAUCACGCCAGCGUGCAGAUCAACGUUGCCAAGGUCGAUUCCGACGGCAAGAUCAUCCCCGGUGAGUUCGAGACCUUCGCUCUCUGCGGCUACAUCAGGGCUAUGGGUGAGGCCGACGGUGCCUUCAACCGCCUUGCCAGGUCGCAUGGCCUCGUCAAGAGGGUGUAA